CCCCGAUUCCAACUUUGGAGGACUUUCAGAAGAUGCUGGCGGAGUCGGACCAAAAUCGGGACAAUAGGCAGAAGGAGAGAGCGCGGGAUAAGAGACAGAGCGACCAUGACCAGAGGAUUGCGAGAUUGGAACAAGAGCGUGAUAGAAUGGCGGACAAUCCCAGGUCCUUGGCCCUUCCUGAUGCCAUGUUGAAGUGGAUGGAGGAGCAGACAAAGGACAACAAGAGGCAGAGGAAGGAGAGAGAGCUUGAUGCGGCUGUUAACAGGAGGUUGCUCGAGAGGCAGGGCCAGGUUAAUGGAAUUAUCUGGGGAGGAAACAACAACGCGUAUGGAAUGAACAAUGGCGCGUACGGGAACUGGUUGCCGGCUCCUACCAGAUACUCUUGAGUAGGAUAGUGACAGCAUCAGGAGGCAGUAGUGGAGAUUCUAUCAACGCGGUGGAUAUGCAGGCUCUCCCUAGACUAGACCUUUCUAUGGACUGAAGCUGGCUUCAAUACCUUGACGACACGAU